UCUGGCCAUAUAAUCUUGUUAUCUUUUGACUAAUUCACAGCAUCACCUACGUACGUGCUAGCUCUUGUGUUGCUAAAUACAUAGCCCUCUUCCAAGCCAAAGCACACAACAACACAACAAACCACAAUAUAUCACCUGCUUCAGAAGAGGAACAACAUUUCCGUAGCUAGAAAGACCGCGAAAACCAGUUCCAAUGGCCAUCUCUUCCUACUCCCUUCUUGCUGCUGUUCUUGCUUUGUUCUCGUGGCAGGCCAUCGCCUCGGAUCCAAGCCCUCUCCAAGAUUUCUGCGUCGCGGACAACAGUUCACGAGUUCUUGUAAAUGGAUUUGUGUGCAAAGACCCAAAGGACGUGAAAGCGGAGGACUUCUUGGGGGCCAAACUUGACAUGCCGAGAGACACGAAAGCAAACAUGGUCGGGUUCAAUGUCACCUUGAUCAAUGUCAUGUGGAUCCCCGGCCUCAACACACUGGGCAUCUCUCUGGCACGCAUCGAUUACACACCCUUGGGCGAGAACCCACCACACACUCACCCACGUGCCACUGAGAUCCUCACCGUGCUUGAAGGGACCCUUUAUGUGGGAUUUGUAACAUCCAACCCCGAGAACAAGUUCUUGUCGAAGGUGCUCAACAAGGGUGAUGUGUUUAUUUUCCCACAAGGACUUAUCCACUUUCAGUUCAACCCCAACCCUUACAAACCAGCGGUUGCAAUUGCUGCACUUAGCAGCCAGAACCCUGGAGCCAUCACCAUUGCCAAUGCCGUCUUUGGAUCAAAGCCAAUGAUCUCAGAUGAUGUUCUAGCCAAGGCCUUUCAGGUGGACAAGAAGACUGUCGACUGGCUCCAAGCUCAGUUCUGGGCGGAUAACCACAACUAAUUACAGUACCUACCAGUACCACCUCAGAAAA